AUGGCAUCGAAGAGUAGUAAAACUAUUGCAAUUGUAGCCCUAAUUACACAGUUUUUGGCUCUACUUUCUCUUGCAGCUUCUGUCAUUUUGCUUGCUACCAACAAUUAUACACUCACCAGCGACAAUUCCAAAACACAUUUCUACGAUGUUAUUACGUUCCGGUAUGUUUUUGCCACAGGGGUUAUUGCAUUUAUUUAUGUAUUGAUCCAGAUUCCCUUUACUAUAUACUUGGUUUGCACGGGAAAACGCAUGAUUCGCAAUCGCUGCUUACCCGAGUUCGAUUACUACGGAGACAAGUUGAUUAGCCUUUUGCUGGCUAGCGGAGUAGGGGCGGGGCUUGCGGUGACAUUAGAGUUCAAGAGCUUGCUUGAUGGUUUUAUCGAAAUCUUGGCUAUUGCGGGUUUGGAGGGCGUAGACGAAUUCAAGUCAAAAUCGAGCUCUUUCCUUAAUCGUGCUAUCAUUUCCACCGCCAUUCUCUCUUUUUCCUUACUAUGCAUGAUCAUCCUUUCACUCAUUUCUCGUCCAUUUUAUGCUAGGAAGUGA